UGUGUGAAUUGGACUAUCAUAAAUGAAACGAAACUGUAAAGAUCUAGGUUUUUCCUUUUUCGCAAUUCUCAAAGCUUUUUUAACCUUGAAACUGAUGAAAUUUUGAUCAUAGGCGCUCAAGUUAUCGAUUUGCAACAUGAGUGCAUUACCAGACAUCGACAAGAUCGACGACAUCACGGAGAUGGUAACCACAAUGGCUUCACUCAAAAUUCCGACCAAGGGGCUGAAAACGUUGGACGAAAUGAAAGCAAAGGUAAAAGAGACACUCCAGUCGUCAGAGAGGAAGUCAAGUUGGACGGCAAAGGAGGCCUUUUCAGUGUUGACGGAGGCAAAGAAAGAAGACGAGAGAAAACGAGCAAUCUUGCUCAAUUUCCACGAACGCACGGAUGCUUGCUUGCAAAGUAUGGAUGAAAAAGUUCAUGCCCUUUUGGAACGGAACAUCAAGAACCUCAAGGAAAAAAUCGCUUCCCACAAACAAAAUCUGCUGAAAAAAGAGUACAUUGUUCUUGUUGCAGGCGAAACAAGUUCAGGAAAGAGCACUUUGCUAAAUCUUAUCCUUGGAGAGCAGCUUCUUCCUUACUCCGUUCUGAGUACCACAUCCACCAUCUGUGAAUUAAGAUAUGGAGAUACACCAAAGCUGGUGGUGCACUUUAAAGACAAAGGAUCAGGGGAUACCUCAAGGACUGUCCUCUUAGAAAAGCCAACCGAAGCCUCCGAGCAGAGUUACCUAAAACAGAUUUCCCAAUUCGUCCACCGAAAGACGAACAGAGAAAAGGGCUCAGAUUACGAAAAGAUUGAGUUGUUUUGGCCACACGAUCUGUUGAAGGAAAAUAUCGUGAUAGUCGACAGUCCAGGAAUUGGCGAAUCUAUCAUCAUGGAUGACAUAGUAAAGGAGUACCUUCCAGAGGCUUUCGCAUUUAUUUACGUCAUCAACAGCGAGAACGCCGGAGGAAUACAGCCAGAUAGGUUAGGAAAACUUAUCGAACACGCAAGAAGGGUAUCUCUUGACAAACAAAGGGAGUCUUCCUCAAACUGUGCUCUAUUCGUCUGCAACAAGUGGGACCAGGUGCCGUUAAAAGAAACUGGUGACGUGAAGAACCAUGUCGUGACAAAACUCACAGAGUGCUGGCCUUUUUUAGAUCCAGAAUCUCAGAUCAUUUAUAUGUCAGCAAAAGAAGCCAUCGAAGCUCAGAAUCUUGGAGUGGUCACGAAAGAGUUUGCUGAACUAAUGAAUGGUAUCAAGUCCAUGGUUUUGAAAAGUAUUGAAGCAAGACUUCAGAUUCAGUGGAGGUGGCUUGACUAUCUUCUUGCACGUAUGACCCUUCACACGGAAGCGUUCAUUCGUAAUUCGACCGAAGAUCGUAAAAAUGUGACGGAGAGAAUGAUGAUUAUCACUGACCGCAUUCAAAGCAUUGAGAGGCAGCAAGGUACGGUAAGAAAAGAGCUGCAGUCGCGCCUCCUAACCAAGGCAACCCACGCUUUCAGAAAACUAUCCACAUACAUUAAGUCUCCAGAAGUUAUGCGGAAGUUUUCUACGUGGACAUUAAAUGACGUUCCAAAGACUGAAGAAAGCUGGGAAAUGACUAUGAAUAGCAUCCACAGGGCGCUGGAGAAGCGACUUCUAAGGGAGAUACAGGAAUGGGAAGAAAAGAACCAUGUCUUUUCCGAUGCUCGCGCCUCCUUGAUUCAAAACUUUCAGGAGAGGUUCCACUACGUCGAAGGUCAACUUCGAACGCUGGAGCGCUCUGUCCUAGCUGGAGGUGCUGCCAGCUCAGCAAGUGGCCCGCUGGCAUCAGAUGGCUUUAGCAUCGCCAAAAAAUUCAUCAUCGGGGUCACAAGUCCAAUUUGGUUUCCAGUUGGUCUGGUUGUCCUAGUGGUCAGUGUCCCGGUACUUGGCGCCAUGGCAGUUAAAGAGAAGUUGGAAGACUGGAAUAAAACAAGACGAUACAACAGAAACAAGUGUGCCUAUAUGGCGAAAGUUUCCAAAGAAUAUCUGAAUGAUGCAGUCGAAGAACAGCUUCUGAAGCCGUUUGUGAUGGAACAGCUCAGAGAGGCUCAGGUUUGUCUAGAUCAGGUUUUAGAUCGGAUUCCUCAGCUCAUAAAAGAGGACAAAAUGUUGUGUCAACAAUUGAAAGAUGAAAAACGUUCUAAGAAAGACGUGGAAGAUUUCUACACGCCAUUACUCAACGAGAGUAGACAAAUAAGAAAUGAGAUGGCCCUAUUUGGCAUCAAAGAGGUUCGCACUAUGGACAUCAGUUGCGACGAACUGGAGUGGCAAGACGAUGCACAUCUUGGAAGUGGAGCGUUCGCCGCUGUUUAUCGAGGAAAAUUGAAGAUUCGAGGAGAGGAUAAACCCGUAGAUGUUGCUGUUAAAGUUUGGAAUGACGAGCUCAACGAAGGUACUGCUAGUGGCUUUCUUUCUGAAGCAGAGAUACUCAGGAAACUGAAUCAUCCCUCUAUUGUAAAGUUCUAUGGUGCAGCACUGUACAAGAAAGGGGACAAGCUUAAAGCAACACUGGUGAUGGAGCUCUGCAAAGAAAACUUGAUGAGGCACCUUUUCCUUCAUAAAGGCAAUAUACCUGGAAAGUCAUCAACUGCUACAGCUGCGAAAGAUGUGAUCGGAUGGGCAAAAGACAUUGCCGAUGCUUUGGAAUACAUUCACAGACAAGGUAUUGUUCACAGAGAUCUCAAGCUGGAAAACAUAUUGCUGUCGCAAGAAAAUUCUGCCAAAGUAGCCGACGUCGGUGUUUCUAAAGAAGCUAAAGCGAUAACGGGCACCAUGACUGGAACUCCUAUGUAUCUCGCUCCUGAAGUGAUCAAGUCCUGUUUGUACGAUUACAAAGCAGACAUUUACAGCUUCGGUAUAAUGCUCUGGGAGAUGUGGUAUGGCAUCAGAGCCCUUAUUGAUGGGGAAGGAAAUGUGCAUGAGUUUUUCGAAAAAGUGGUCGAGGGUGCAAGACCUACGCAUGUCGAAGACUCAAAGGAGCCCCCAGAUGGUUUGUGUGAUCUGAUGGAGCGUUGCUGGGACGAAAAACCUGAUAAUCGACCAGAUGCGAGAGAGUGUUACGAGGAGUUGACUCAGCUCCAUCAGAAAGUUGGCGUACCAUCUCCGUAA